CGCUUUGUAUUUCCUCAUUCACCAGCCCUUCCUUACACGGUGGCUUUUACUUGUAUAUUCACAGCAGCACUACCCAAAAAAUCAUCGCGGUCGCCGUAUAUUCCCUACGCACCUGCCCUAUUGACCAUUCGGCAACACCCACUAUUCGUCCGCCUUGCUUCCUGUCUAAUCGAAACGGCGCAGCAAUUGUACGCACGCCACUCUUCUGUGCUUAUCUCUAAAAACUCUGUACCCCAGACUGCGCUCCUCGACGAGAGUAUUCGACGCAGCUGUCUAUAAAUCACCCAAGGCUUCCUUCCAUCCAGACUAGCCGAGGUGCAAGGGCUUUGCCUAUUUCUGCAGAUCUACUGCUUUCAACAGCAACUACACCGACUAUUGUACCUUACAUACACCCCCGCUACAACCCACUCCACCAUGUCACUCAAUUCAGACAAGCAAACUAUCGACUUCCGCUACAGCAGCAGCAGCAGCUGCACUGGGGCUCCAGGUUCGGUGGACCAUCAUACCGAGACACAGCCCGAGACCGAAACAGUGCUGAGUGUCACUGGCAUGACAUGCGCGUCGUGCGUCAACAGCAUUGAAGGACACAUUGGCAGCUUUGACGGCGCCGUCAGCAUCAGCGUCGAUCUGAUGACAGCACAGGCGACAGUGCGGCACUACACACACGCCUUGCCCGUCGCCGACCUCUGCACAGCCAUCGAGGACAUGGGUUAUGAUGCAGCCGUGCUGAGCACCAAGACACUGGCUCCUGUCAGCGAUGCCACGAAGGCUGACGCCAAGGCGAUCCUCGGCGAGAGCGCAGUCGAGUCGUGGUUCAAUGUCGAGGGCAUGACGUGCGGGUCAUGCGUGGCGACCAUCACAUCUCUGCUCAAUGACCUGCCGGGCGUGGAGGCUGCCGAUGUGCAGCUUCUCACAGCACAGGCGAUGGUCAAGCACAUUCCGCGCGAGAUUGGCGUGCGCGAGAUUGCCGAUGCCCUGACGGAUGCCGGGUAUCCAGCGACGCCGCUGGACGGGGCAGACUCGAGCAGCGCAGCUGAUCCGCAGGCCAUGCUGCGCUUCCUGUGGUCGCUGGCAUUCCACCGCAAGGUGUUCCAGAAGUACUCGGUCUCGGUCAUCUGCACCUUCUUCAUCGCCACAGCCACGCAGUUCACGCUCGGCCUGUUCUUCUACAAGCACGCAUACAAGUCGCUGGUGCGUGCCAAGACUGCCAACAUGGAUGUGCUGAUUGCGCUGGGCACCACCGCCGCCUACGCUGGCUCGAUCAUCAGCGUGGUCUUGCAGCAGGGUGCUGGCGAGCAGUUCUUUGAAACCGCUGUGUUCCUGAUGACGUUUGUGUUCCUCGGCCGCUGGCUCGAGGCAAUCGCCAAGGGCCGCACUGUCGGCGCUGUCGAGGCCCUGGUGAAGAUGCAGCCCGACGACGCCCUGUUGCUCGGCGACCUGCUGCAAGUCAACAACGGCAUGCGCGUGCCGUGCGAUGGUGUGAUCGUCCGCGGCAACACCGAGAUCGACGAGUCGCUGCUGACUGGCGAGUCGCUGCCGGUGGCCAAGGGCGAGGGGUCGGCAGUGACCGGCGGCACGCUGAACCUGUCGCAGUCGUCGUCGACGCUGGCGCGGAUCGUCAAGCUGGUGCGGGACGCGCAGUCGAGCAAGCCGCAGAUCCAGGAGGUUGCCGACCGGGUGGCCAACCGGUUUGUGCCGCUGGUCGUCCUGGCGUCGGUGCUGGUGUUCUUUGUCUGGCUCAUCAUCGGUGCCACGGGGAAUAUCAAGGCCGACUGGCUGGCGUCGAAGCUUAUGGGCGGACUGGGCGGCAAGCUCUCGCACACCGACAGCAUGGGACAUAUGGACGAUGCACCGCCGAUGAAGUACCCGAUCUUUGCGCUCCUCAAUGCCAUCAGCGUGCUGGUCAUUGCGUCGAUCAUGGUCGGCACAGGGCUGGCCGCUCGCAUGGGCAUUCUGGUCAAGGGCGGCGGCGCUACGAUGGAGGCUGCGAGCAAGAUCGACAUCGUCGCAUUCGACAAGACCGGCACCCUGACCAUUGGCAAGCCCGCAGUCUCGGACCACUUUAUCGAGCAGUCGCGCGCUGAGGCCAUUUCGGGCUGGCUCUAUGCACACAUUGUCGAGAUCGAGUCGCUGAGCAGCCAUCCGCUGGCCGCCGCCAUUUGUGCGUAUAUCCGCGAGCACACGCAGUCGGACUCGGUGCGUGCGCAGCUGCUUGAGCACCAGGAGCUGCCUGGCCGCGGCAUGCAGGCGACUGUCGAGCUCCCAGCAGAGAUUGCCCACGCGCUUGGCUGGACUGGAGUUACCACUGCCCAUCUGCUUGUUGGCAAGGAGGCGUGGGCCAAGGAGGAGGGCUGCCUGAUGGACGUCCCCAUGGGCACACGCGCGCACAUGCGCGGCAAGGUCGUCGCAGCCUUUGCGCUGUCCGACCAGGUGCGUCCGGAGUCGCGCGAGGUUGUGCGCCAGCUGAAGCGUCGCGGAAUCGAGGUCUGGAUGAUCUCCGGCGACCAGCAGGCGGCGGCCAAUGCCAUUGCAGCACAGCUCGGUAUCGACCAUGUCAUGGCCGGCGUUCUGCCCGAUCAGAAGUCCGAGACCAUCCGCACGCUGCAGCGCCGUGGCAAAAGCGCCCGUUUGCCAAGGUCGCCAUGGUCUGGCGAUGGAAUCAACGACGCGCCGGCGCUGGCGCAGGCUGAUACGGCGCCGGCGCUGCUGAUGCGGCCGACGCUGCUCUCGCUGCUGACACUGCUCGACCUGUCCCGCAUUGUGUUCCGCCGCGUCAAGCUCAACUUUGUGUGGGCGUCCAUGUACAAUGUCGUGUGCAUUCCGAUCGCAGCAGGCAUCCUGUACCCAGCCAUCAACCGCGGACUGCCACCAGUUAUCGCUGGACUCCUGAUGAUUGCCAGCAGCCUGACGGUCAUGAUGAGCAGCCUGUCGCUGAAGCUCUUCCGCGAACCAAAAUACAACUGA